AUGUUACAUCAACAAUUGACGUCUUUCGACUGUACAACAAACAAACCUAUCUAUGAACUGUCAUUAAUAUUAUCAAAUGAACAAUAUCUAAUGCAAUCAUUGAAUAAUACACAGAUACCAUUUUCAUCUACUCUCACGUGUAUUCAUCAUGAAUUUGUAUAUCAAGUAGUGAAACAUUCACAGAAAUUAGCUGUUGAACUAGAUGAACAAUCAUUGACAUAUUGUGAACUAUUGCAUUAUGUUCAAGUAUUAUCUUUCACUCUUCUCAAUGAAUAUCAUGUCAUUCCAGGUGAGAUCGUGUGUCAAUGUGUUGAACGAAGUCUUUCGAUGGUGAUUGGUAUUAUGGCGAUUGAAAUGGCUGGUGGUGCUUAUUGUCCAUUAUCAUCUCAAGAUCCACAACAUCGUUUGCAUGCACUUGUACAACAAACUCAAAGUCGUCUUGUUCUUGUUCAUUGGUUAACGAAAACAAAAUUUAACGAUGAUACUCUUACGAUUGAUAUUCAUUCAAUAUUCGCUAAUAAUGAUGUAAUGAGCGGUGCUGAUGUUGAUCGGCUAUCAAGUAUUGCAGUCACACCUAAUGAUAUUGCUUAUAUCAUUUUCACAAGUGGUUCAACUGGAAUACCAAAAGCGGUUCAAGUUCGCCAUGAAAAUUUUACUCGUUAUAUGUACUCAUUUGUGAGUGUUAGCGCAUUGAAGAAGGAUGAUGUAACCAUUCAGAUGUCUAGAAGUACUUUUGACGUUCAUCUUGAAGAAAUAGUUGGCGUUCUAUUAAUUGGCGCCACAUUAGUUAUGCUACAUCCAAGAGGAAUCAUGGACUUUGAGUAUCUUGUCAAUGUUAUGAUAGAGAAGAAUAUUACUUAUUUUGCUUCUGUUCCAACUUUAAUUAAUAAUUUCUUCACUUUUCUACAACAACAAAAUCAUCAUAAUGCUGUGCAAUACCUGCGAGCAGUUUGCAGUGGCGGUGAGCCUUGUUCUCUGAAACUAAUAAAUUUAAUGUUAAAUACUGUAAUACACACUUGUCGAUUAUUGAACAUGUAUGGUACUGCUGAAACAACAAUUGAUUGCACAAGUUAUGUCAUAGAUAGAAAUCUAAAUAUGAUCAACAUUCCAAUUGGACGUCCACUACCAAACUAUCGAUGUAUGAUUACAAACGAAUAUUUACAAUCAUCUGUUGUCGGUCAAGAAGGUGAACUGCUUAUAGGUGGAGUAGGUGUCUUUGCUGGUUAUCUUGGACGUGAUGACUUAACUGCAAAAGCUCUUGUUGAGAUAGAUGAUCAACUAUUUUAUCGAACAGGUGAUCUUGUUAGAAUAGAUAACAAAGGUCUUCUUCAUUAUCAGGGAAGAAAAGAUCAUCAAAUCAAACUACAUGGACAAAGAAUUGAACUUGGUGAAAUCGAACGAUGUUUACUUAACAUUACAUCUACAUCUGCUUGUAUUGUCAUGAAAUGGAAUGAUGAUUAUUUAGUUGCAUAUGUUCAAUCUUCUCAUGUGAAUGAAGAACAACUACGUGAACAUUGCCAAUCUCAUCUUCCACCACAUAUGAUACCAUCUUUCUUUAUCAUACUCGAUAAAUUACCUUUGAAUCCAAAUGGAAAAGUAGACCGAAAACAACUUCCUUCACCCCAAUUUUCGUUAUCGACUUUGUUAUCAACCGAUAAAUCUGAUACUCCUUUGAAUCAGUUCGAAGAACGUAUACACACUAUUUGGUGUCAAGUUCUUCAUUCUAAUCAAAAUAACAUUUCUGGAACUACCAGUUUCUUUAGUGUUGGCGGUCAUUCACUUUUAUUUAUUGAACUUUAUCAUCAUUAUCAAUCAGUAUUUAACUUUGAUGCUCAUUCACUUUCCAUAGCUCCAUUUCUUCAACAACCAACUAUCUGUCAACAUUCACAAUUACUUCAAACAGUGAUAAUGAAUAGUAUCAAGACAACACAAUGGCACACAUUACACAUAAAUGAAGGUAUUGCCUCUUUUGCUCAAGAGCGUAUCUUUCUUGAUGAACAAGUUCGUUUUUCGAGUGAUAUUGCUAUCUAUAAUGAAGUGUCGACUUUACAAGUUGUUCAAGGAUCAUUAUCAGUCAAUCGUUUAUUACAAGCAUUUCUAUAUGUUUUGAAUAAACAUAAAAUAUUACGUACAUCUCUUAUUUUUAACAAUGAUGAUGGUGUUUUGAAACAAUGGAUCACAGAUAUACAUAAAGCAUUUACAAUAACUGUGAAUCAAACAUUUCAAAAUGAAAAUGAACUACAAAAUAUUAUUUAUCAAACAACUAUUAAUCCUAUGCUCUUUGAUUUAUCAAAUGGUCGUGUUUUUCAUGCUGAAAUUCUGAGACAUCAAAUAUCAUUAAAUAAAAAUGAGAAUAAUAGGAAUGAAUUCAUAACUAAUUCUGAUGUUCUUCUCAUUGCUUUUCAUCAUGCAGCAUUUGAUCGAGCAAGUACUUCGAUCUUUUUCAAUGAUCUAUGUUUAGCUUAUAAUACUAAUACAAUAUCAAUAGAAGACGAUGAUGAAUCAUUACAAUAUAUAGAUUAUAGUAUACAUGAACGUCUAAUUGAUAUGACAACAUCUCGUGAAUUUUGGUAUUUACAAUUAGCAGAAUACAAUUUCGACUCCCGAUUAUUAUUACCAUUUGAUAGACAUCGUUCGUCUAAUAAUAAUCGAUCGAGUUCUGCUUCUGUCACUCACAUUUCUUUUGACAACGAAAUUUCACAAUCAUUUCUUGAUUAUGCUUCAAUACAUCAUGUGACACCAUUUCAGUUAGGUCUGAGUAUAUUAUAUGCUUUUCUUUUCAAGUUAACUCAUGGUGAAAACGAUUUAUGUAUUUCUUGUCUUAAUGCCAAUCGAUACAAAACUGAACUGCAGAAUACAAUGGGAAUGUUUGUUUCAACAUUGCCAUAUCGUGUUCAAGUUGAUUCUCAUUGGUCAUUUGAUGAACUCGUUAAAUAUGUACAAGGAAAAUGUUUAUCAAUUCUUGAACAUUCUUAUUAUCCAAUUCAACAUAUCCUUGCUAAUUUACAUAUUAAUCAAUCAAAUAUUUCAUUUCUCGAAACAACAUUUGACUUUAUUACUAUAUCGUCAUACAGCGAUGAAUUAUCUUUAGAUGGAACAAGUUUCAAACAAGUGUCAUUUGAACGAUCGUUUGAAGUAGCUAAGUUUGAUUUUAUGUUAACAUUUAUCUAUAAUCCAAUGUUGGAAAAUAAUAGAUUAUCAUUUCGUUUAACUUGUUCACAUGAUUUAUUUGAUGAGAUUACAGUUACAAAUAUAGGUCGAAGAUUAGAAUAUUGUUUCAAACAACUUUUUUCAUCAAAUGAAAUUAUCAAUCAAAUUGAUACAUGUUUUACAUCUAUAUCGAAGUUUAAUCUUAUUCUACCAGAAGAAAGUGAAGAAAUGGAAGAUAUUAUGUUUUAUCGACAAUCACAUAUGAUGAAUGAGGCACCAGCAUCUUUUGCACAAAUUCGACUAUGGCAUAAUGAAUCUAUUCAUUUCAUUCCUCACAUAUCACAAGUACCAAUCUACAACAUGCCUUUUGUUUAUUCUCUGUACUCACACCAUACUUUCUCAGUACAACAUCUUCAUCAUGCCCUUCAACUAAUCGUUACAAAACAUGAACCUCUUCGAACAUCACUCAUCUUUCAUACAGAAAACAAUCGACUCAUGCAACAAAUCAUUGAUAUGAACAAUAAUAAUAGACAACUAUUUACAUUUAUUGAAACUACUUAUGAAACAGAUGAACAAUUAAAUGAGAUUUUACACGACGAAAGAUAUAAUCCUCAACUUUUCGAUCUUGCACAAGGUCUUGUCUUUCGAUGUCAUCUUGUUUAUUACAAAUCAAUCUCUUCAAAUCAUCUUCUUUCUGACAAAGAUAUCCUCAUCUUCAACUUUCAUCAUGCUCUAUUUGAUUUUCCAUCAAUGACUAUAUUCCUCCAUGAUCUCAAUCAAGCAUAUACAACAGGUCAAUUAUUAUAUGAUGACAACACUAGUCUACGUUAUAUCGAUUACGCUGUUAUUGAACAACAAAUGUCAAUGACUGGUGCCAGUAUGUUUUGGCUUGAUACUCUUCAUAAUUGUAAACUCGAUCAAGCUUUAGCAUUACCAUUUGACCGACAUCGUCUCUCAAAUGAACAUCGAACUGGUCGUGGAACAUCAAUUUCGUUUGAUUUUGGUCAAGAUCUCUCACAUCACUUUCUUACUCAUGCAUCAUCAAACAACAUAUCUCUUCAACAUCUCACAUUUGCUAUUUAUUUCAUCUUUUUAUUUAAACUGACUAAGGGACAAACAGAUUUAUGUAUUGCUAUGAACAUCAAUGAUAAUCGAUAUAGAGACGAACUCAGAUCAAUCAUUGGACUGUUUGAGAAUAUUAUUCCAUUACGAUGUCAUUUAGAUCCUCACUGGUGUUUUCAUCAAUUACUCAAACAUGUUCAAGAGAUAACAACAGAUAGUAUUAAAUAUUCAUAUUUUCCACUUCAACAUAUUCUCGAUCAACAUCCACAUAUUUCAAAACAUGCAUUUCUGGAUACAUCUCUAGAAUUUAUAUCAUGUAUCACGAACAAUGCAAUUAUGAUUGGUGAUUCUCAAAUUAUUCCAGCAUCUUUCCCAUUCAAUAUUAAUGAAGAUGAGAUACUAAGUGCAUCCGACUUCUCUCUCUCUAUUUAUCAUGAUAUGAACAUGGAUCAACUAUCAUGCACAAUCAAUGCAUCACUUGAUUUAUUCAAGGUGGAAACAGUUGAUAAGAUAUCUCAACGAUUUCAUUCAAUCUUAAAUCAAUUAUUUACAUCUGUUUGUGACCAAACACAGAAAUCAAUCUAUGAAAUAUCAUUAACGUUACCAAAUGAACGAUAUUUAAUGCAAUCAUUAAAUAAUACACAAAUGUCAUUUUCAUCUGCUCACACUUGUAUUCAUCAUGAAUUUGUAUAUCAAGUAAUGAAACAUCCACAAAAACUAGCUGUUGAACUAGAUGAACAAUCAUUGACAUAUUGUGAACUUCUAUAUUAUGUACAAAUACUAUCUCUCUCUCUUCUCAAUGAAUAUCUUAUUGCUCCAGGUGCGGUCGUAUGUCAAUGUGUUGAGCGAAGUUUAUCAAUGGUAAUUGGUAUGAUGGGUAUUGAAAUGGCUGGUGGUGUUUAUUGUCCAUUAUCAUCUCAAGAUCCACAACAUCGUUUGCAUACACUCUCACAACAAACUCAAAGUCGUCUUGUUCUUGUUCAUCAUUUAACUAAGAUCAACUUCGAUAAUGUUAUUAUUUCACUAGAUAUUGAUUCAAUAUUAAAUUUUAAUUAUAUGAAUAGUGACAUGGAUAAUAAUUGCCUUUCAAGUGUGAUAAUGAAAGGUGAUGAGAUAGCUUAUAUUAUUUUCACUAGUGGUUCAACUGGAAUUCCAAAAUCGGUACGAUAA